AUGGUUACACAAAGAUACUCCGUUGGGGACCGACUACACGUGACGUAAGUGAAAAAGUGCGGCGCGGGCCUUUUCCAGAGUACCCGUGAGAACAGGAAGGCUUCUUUUACUUCAUCGUUCAGACAUCUAUAUCAAGCAUUAGCAUGACGUUGGAAUGAAGUGUGUACGAUCUUUCAGUUGGACGUUUAAGGUCGUGCGGGGGCAGAUACGGUUCCAACCCAUUAUUUUUAGCCGAAAACGUUACGGAGUGGCAUUAUUUGUUCAGGAUACAAAAUUGCUGGAGUGCCCUCUAACACCCUGUGAUUGCUCAUUCCUGGAACGGCCAUACCCGCGCCAUAUAUCAACCUCUUGUCUGAUCGCUGUCGAGCAGUUGGUUGACAGGGAAGAUAAAUUACUAGUGGUCUAAAAACCGUGUGGACGAUAUUACCAGGCGCGCUACCGAUGUGUUGGACGAUAUAAAGAGUAAUAUGUGUGUGUGACAGUUUAGAUUAACACCGAGUUCUAAGGAAAAUUAUGCCUUUGGGGACAAACUACGCGACCGAAGUCUCGAAAAGUCCAAAAAUGUGACAAGACAAGGACUUAAAAGUCUCACAUUUUCUGAUAUGUCCCGACAGCAUUCACACUCGAAACCUUUACAGGCCUCGUUGUGAUCUACCGGCAUAUCCCACAUAACCGGCGAAAGGAAAGAAGAAGAACUCGUAAAUAGUGCUCUCAAAGACGUACUAGUUAAAACAAAGUACUCUAACGAAUAAGUUGUGCUCGAAUUUGGGACGCCAUGAUGAAAACCAAACCUUCUUCUGUUAGAAAUCGUGAAACGUUUUCCCCCAUAAAUCAGCAAAAUUACGCUAAAAGCACAUAUAAUCUCUGUGUUGGCAAGGACUACUAAAUACCAAAAAAAUCAAAAAACUGGGGCUGGUUUUAGUUAUCGCGUGCUGCAAAACUAAACCUAGACCACCAGCUACUUUUAAUCUGUGAAAAAGAAAAAAUGGGUAAGAAAAAAUGUUAGUUCACGCCACUGCUCCGUGGAUGUCAUCAGCUUAUGAAUGAGUGCCCAUAAUUAAAACCCGUAAGAUCGUUGAAAUCACGUUAAACCGUCAUAAGUACUUCAAUUACCUCUCAUUUAUUUCCACUCUUGCAAAAUUAUGAGUAGUUCCGUGCAUGCCGCCUCCUCAUAAAUCUCUGUCAUGGAUAAUAGAAACAAGAUUAGUAGACUAAAGUGAACCCUGGAUGUGACUAUCGCAUGCUCUUCUUGGCGAAAUCUGGUCAUGCAUUCCCUGGAUGUAAAAAAGGAAGGAAAUUAUGACAGGGUGCAUUUCGACAGAAACUUUUGAAAACCGAGGUAUCAACAUGACUGGGAAAUUUUGUCGUCUCCUCAAAUAUCUAUAAAUUUGGCCGAUGCUGUAUUUUUUCUUGUGGCAGAAGGGCGUACCAAGCCUAGUCAGACGAACCUGUGCGUCCUGUUGCGCCUUUUGGAUCAAUCUGAAGUCCCUACAUUCGACUGUAUGACGACUCGGCCGGUGAUGAUGACAAUGUCCAAAAUGUGUGUCCCGAAACAGGGUGGACGCAGGGGUAUAGUCUGAAACCCUAAGACUCAGUCGUAUUACAACCAGUAGUGUAUGCAUGGCAAGCACGAAUCCCUGAUCUUCCAGACCUCAAAUUAGGUAUGCUGGCUGUUGACGGCUGAUAAGCCAAAAUGGCUGUUCCACUUUCUGUCAGCGUUGAUGGUGUCCCUUGAAUACCGUUUGUGCCUCCAGAAAUGUCUAACGCAGUUGUUCUUUUCUCUCUGCUGAUUGCGUUAGCCAGAAUAAGACGUUUGCCGGUGUAGUUAGCAAAACCAUCGGGUUCAUGAUGAACACUCCGAUUUCCACUGCGUCGCAGGUGCUGGAUUGGUUUACGACGCCAUGGACACUGGGAUCAAACAGACCGGUCCUUCUUAUGACUAAUACAAGUAUGAUUAAUCUCUGGCUUUCUCUAGUUAAACUGUUCGGGCACUCAGAAUUGCAGUCUUAUAUUAAUCUAUAUUAAUAAAAUGGAAGUUUUUUGUGUUACCGUUAAUCUCGGAAACUAAUACACCGACUGAGAUGAGAUUUGGACACCACCUUGCCUGCGCAUAGAGCCGGGUUUUAUGUCUACCAUCAUAAGUACGCAGAGGGAAAGCCUGUGAUAUGUAAAAAACAUGUUUUUUAUAGCAUAACAACGCCAUCUGCUGACGCGCUGGCCUAUGGCCACUUGACCGGCAUCCACUUGGACACACGUGCGCCCACCGAACCACUUGACUGACAUACGCUCAAACGCACGUGCUCACUCCGACGGCCGCGCUCGCCCUACCCCACUCCCUGCAGAUCCUUGAACAUUCCCUCCCCCUCCCCGCUAGGCCGAUGUAAUAUGGGCCGCUGGGUAAACCACUUAGGAAAAAAACGAUAUGCUAAUUCUGGGCUUCACUUGAACUUGCCGCUCAACACACAUAACCCGGCUGUCACCGCUUAGGCUGAGAUUCUCGGGCGUGACUCCGUCAGUUGUCUCAUCGAUACAUUGUGGAUAUGUACGCAAAAAUCGAAGCGGAACGCCUGCUUUCAUUCGAUUGAGUCAGACCAAGCUGUGCUCUGAGGAAUCCAUUAAUUUGCGUGAUGCAGUUGUAAACAACGGUAAUACAACCAACGUUGGAAGACUAACGGUUUUGCCAUUCAGAUAUGCAGGCAGUCCACGUCAUAUGCAUGAGUACGCUCAAGUCAAAAUUGCUUAUGUUCGUCCGUACAGGCGUCCAGGCCUAUUCAUUGCAUUUACAUGCAAUCCCGCUUGGGGAGUAUUUAACAGCUCUUACUUCCUGGGCAGUCGCUGGUGGAUAGGCAUAACAUCACAGCACGUGUUUUCAGGCAGAAGAUGAAAUCACUGAUAAACGUCGCGCUAAAAGUCGAGGUGUUCGGGCUUGUGCGCUGCUGGAUGUAUUCGGUGGAAUGACAAAAGAGGGGAUUGCUCCACGCACAUAGCUUUGUCUGGUUCUACAACAGGAUCACCUACGACGAAGUCGGAGAUGUAAUAUGCGCCGAAUUACUUGACGUUAAAGUCGAAAAGGAUUUGCACGAAGUUGUGGCGAUGAAUAUGAUACAUGGACCUAGCGGUAUAUAAACCCCUAAUUUCCCGUGCAUGAUAGACGGUAAAUGCUCUACCAGAUAUCCUCGGGCAUUCAUAUGCGACACAAUUACCGGAAAGGAUGGAUAUACCUUAUACAGAAGACGGUGGCAAAUUGGCAAUCCGUACAACUGCGAACCGGUGACAUACAAGUAUAUAACCGUUGGAUUGUUCCAUAUUCGCCCUUGCUUUUAAAAGCAUACAAAGCGUACAUAAGCGCGGAAUACUGCAAUUUCAUGAAAUCAAUUAAAUACGCUUGCAAGUACGUAAAUAAAGGCAGUGCCAUGGCCGUUUUCUGGCCUGUGACCCGAAAGGCGAGAAAGGAGAUGCGGACAUACAACUCAAUGAAAUCGUACAGUUGUGCCGAGGCGCCAGACUAUCUUGCCUUUCCCUACCUGUUCCUCAUUCUUGAACUUACUGGUUGUUUAACUGAAUGGAAUGAACACAACACGACGCGACGCGCUUGGCAUGAGUGGGAUUGUCAGGUCGUUUGACUUUUGAUUAUUAAUUCUUCCAUAACUCUGGUCUUAUCCUGAUUUUUAUAGUCUGGGAUUGACGGUUCUGUCUUUAACGCUCGCGACAGCGGUGACCCUUUGACGUUCACGCUUAUACCUUCAAUUAGUCGACUUCCAAUUUGCAUACCGCCCGUUUGCCUUCUUUCUUUCUACAAUCACGUCCUCUACGAAUUCCAAUGAUCCCACUUCUUCUCUCAGUGGACUUGUUUCUUCCCUCCCAGACUUUUGGCAAAAUGCGCCAGAACUUUAUUUUUUCCGUAUUGAGGCGACCUUUCACUCCGCCAAGAUUACACGUGAAACCAAAAAGUUUUAUAAGCUGGUCGAGGCCCUCCCUCCCACCAUUCUUUCUCAAGUGCAGACGCUUCUGAGAGAUCCCCCGACCGAUGCUCCUUACACCAAGUUAAAGGCUGAACUUCUUCGCCUGACAUCAGUCUCCGAUAGGCAGCGUUAUCACGCACUAGUAAAAGAGGAGGCCUUAGGUGAUCGCAAGCCGUCGGAACUCUUGCGUCGCAUGCGUUCUCUGGUUGGGAACAUGAAAAUCGACGACAAGUUCUUUACAGAGAUGUUCUUAGAACGUCUGCCGACGUCUGUACAAACAAUCUUGGCCUCUGGCUCCGACGACAUAGAAAUAUCAAAGUUAGCGGAGAUGGCUGAUCGUAUGAUGGAGGUUGAGCGUUUGUCAUCCCCGACGAUUGCUCAGGUGUCUCAGCCUCUCAACGUGUCCACCUCUGACCUUGCUGAACUAAAGACGCAGAUUGCCCAGUUGUCAGCGACUGUUGCCGCUUUGCAGCUGCGCCGAUUCCCCGGUCCCUCUCGACGUUCCUUCGGUCGUGACCGUCGUCGUUCCCGCUCUCGCCCCAGGACCGCCAACCUAUGUUGGUAUCAUGUCAACUAUGGCGAUAAGGCGCGGCGCUGUGUCCCACCCUGCUCCUUCAAGUCCACGCAGGGAAACUCCUCGGCCGGAGAGUAAAUGCGGCCGAGCUCUCUGGCAACUCUACGGGUCGCACAUUUUACGUGAGUGAAAACACGAGUGGCAGGCAUUUUUUAGUCGACACUGGCGCUCAGAUUAGUGUUAUCCCUCCCACGCCAGCCGACCGACGUUGCCCAAACCAUGGUCUUUACCUUCAGGCCGUAAACUCAUCCCCCAUUACAACCUUUGGAUUUCGAUCCCUCUCCCUGGAUAUCGGCCUCCGGCGAUUAUUCCCCUGGAUAUUUGUGGUUGCUGAUGUUCCCACUGCUAUCCUUGGUGCUGAUUUUUUGGCCGCCUUUGACCUUCUGGUGGAUUGCAGACAACUUCGCCUCCAUGAUCGCGCAACUACCCUCACUGUCAAAGGAUUUCCUCCAUCCUCAGUUUCUAAUCAGCUCUUCGUCCUUGACCCAAACCCUGACUGUCCAUUUCGUAGACUUUUAGCGAAAUAUCCUACCCUCACUAAGCCCCAUUUUUCUGACACCUUAUUUCCCCAUGAUAUUGUUCAUCACAUAAAAACGACUGGUCCUCCCGUUUUUUCUCGUCCCCGCCGUCUUGCUCCCGCGCGUCUUGCGGCUGCUAAAGCAGAAUUUGACCACAUGCUGCAACUAGGGAUUAUUCGACAGUCUGACAGUCCCUGGGCAUCUCCUUUGCACAUGGUUCCUAAACCAAAUACGGAUGAUUGGCGUCCUUGUGGCGAUUAUAGAGCCCUAAACAAUAUCACUAUGCCCGAUCGGUACCCCGUUCCUCAUCUUCAGGACUUUGCCGGAGCACUUUUCGGCAAAACCAUUUUCUCGAAGAUCUAUUUGGUGCGGGCUUUUCAUCAAAAUCCGAUUGCGGCUGAGGACAUUCCCAAAUCGGCAGUGACGACUCCUUUUGGCUUGUUUGAGUUCCUUCGUAUGUCAUUUGGUCUCCGAAAUGCCUCAUAAACUUUCCAACGUUUCAUUGACCGUGUUUUACGUGGCCGUCCAUUUGUUUAUGCGUAUAUUGAUGAUGUUCUCGUCGCCAGUCGAGAUGUGGAUGAACAUCUCCAUCACCUUACCCUGCUUUUCGACCGAUUUCAGCAGUUUGGUGUCACCCUGCAUCCUUCCAAAUGUGUCCUAGGAGCCACUUCUCUUGAGUUCUUAGGUCACCUGAUAGACUCGAACGGCUUUCGGCCUCUUCCCUCAAAAGUUGCCGCCAUUCGGGACUUUCCACCCCCUACCUCGAAGCGUCAGUUGCAACGGUUUCUUGGUAUGGUGAACUUUUACCGCCGGUUUCUCCCGAACUGUGCCGAUACCAUCCUACCUCUGACCAAUCGCCUCUCAGGUCCCAAACGCACCUUUGAACUUACAUCAGCCGCACUCACGUCAUUUGAGCAGGUAAAAGACCUUCUGGCUGACGCCACCCUCCUGACUCACUUUCACGCUGAUGCACCCAUAUCUUUGAUGGUCGAUGCCUCCAAUGUUGCUGUUGGCGCGGUUCUUCAACAAAGUCUGCCGGACUGUACCGUGCCUUUGGCUUUCUUCUCCAAGAAACUACCCAAAGCCGAAACCCGCUACAGCACAUUCGGACGUGAACUUCUCGCCGCUUAUCUUGCCGUAAGGCACUUCCGGCAUUUACUCGAAGGUCGAGAGUUCACAAUUUUCACUCAUCAUAAACCACUCACGUUUGCAAUACAUUCCCAUUCUGACAAGCUAAGCCCCCGGGAGAUCCGUCACCUGGACUACAUUUCGCAGUUCACUUCAGACAUCCGCCAUAUUGACGGGUCAAGGAAUGAGGUGGCUGACGCACUGUCCAGGCCCUCUAUUGCUCAUCUUCAGCUUUCACCCGGGAUAGACCUCGCUGAAAUGGCCGCUGAACAACGCCGUGUCGGUCCACCCAGUGAUGAGGAUGUUUCCGGACUCCAACUUCAGGAACUACCACUGACAACUGGCAACGGCACCAUCUUAUGCGACGUAUCCACCCCUUCCCAUCGUCCAUUUGUGCCUCCAUCUCUCCGCCGCAAAGUUUUCUCCUCCCUGCACAAUCUGUCUCACCCCGGGAGUCGAGCAACCGACAAGCUGGUUUCCGACCGCUUCGUCUGGCCUGGUAUGCACAAGGACCUGAAGACAUGGACACGGGCUUGCAUUGCCUGUCAACGGAGCAAGAUCCAGCGGCACAACAAGGCCCCCAUUGGUACCUUCCCCGGCCCUGGUGCAAGGUUCAGCAACGUUCACCUGGACAUUGUAGGCCCCCUGCCUCUGUCCAAUGGUUGUUCCUAUCUCCUCAGCUGUGUGGAUCGGUUCACUCGGUGGCCUGAAGCAAUUCCCCUGCCUGACAUUGCUGCUCCAACGGUGGUCAAGGCUUUUCUCAGUCGUUGGGUUGCUAUCUUUGGUGCACCCUCCACAAUCACGACUGACCGUGGUGCCCAAUUUGAGUCUAACCUCUUCCAGUCUUUACUCUCCUUUUUAGGCUGUACCCGCAUUCGGACGACAGCCUAUCACCCGGCUGCUAACGGGAUGGUCGAGCGGUUUCACCGCCAGCUGAAGGCCUCCCUACGCGCCGCGGCCGAUCCGGAGAACUGGACGGACCACCUUCCCCUGGUCCUCUUGGGCAUCCGCUCCGCUCUGAAGCCGGACCUUGAUUGUUCCGCAGCUGAACUGGUGUUCGGUGCCACCGUCCGACUCCCCGGUGAGAUGAUCUCGCCAAACCCACAAGGUGCGGUUGAGGAUCCCACCAACCUCCUGCAUCGCCUCCGGCGGUUUAUGCGGAGACUUUCUCCGGUUCCUCCCAGGUCCUCCGCCUCUCCGUCUUAUCUCGAGAAGGACUUGGCAACGUGCUCUCACGUCUACCUCCGAUGUGAUCGAGUCCGCCGGCCUCUGGAACCGCCCUAUGGCGGCCCAUUUCGGGUGCUCUCUCGCGGGCCGAAGACUUUCCGCAUUCAGCGCGACAAUCGUGAAGAGGUCGUGAGUGUGGACCGCCUCAAGGCUGCCGUCCCUGACAUUCCUCCGGAUGAGCCCUGUGGUCCUCAACCUUCUGCUUCCCCCCACGGAGCCUCUAUUCCACCGUCCCGUAUUUUCCCUCUGCCCUCCUGUCCGCCAUCUCCGACUGCCACCACCAACUCCAACACAUCCGCCACCAGAUUUAUUCACUCUUCUACGGACCCUGUAUAUAUCACUCGUAGUGGUCGACAUGUACACUUUCCUGAUCGGUUGGUCACGCAUUUCUUUUAG